ACAGAGAAAAGAUUAGAGAUGAUUAUCCUCCCUCCCUCUCUCUCUCUCCCUCUCUAUAUCUCCCUUUUUCACACACACACACUCUCUCUCUCUCUUCCUCUGACACCGGUGACAGGACAGGGGAGAGGUAGACUUUCAGUUCUAGCCCACAGACGCACAGUGAAACAGUAGACGUCCCCUUAUGCAUUUUUAACAGCUCAGCAGAUGAUGGGAACAGUUUGGUUGGGACAGUUUGUCCACAGAUAGAGUGACCAAGUGAUCAGCUGUGAACGUCAUUCCUCGUCCUUUUCUUGGAAAGCUUGGAAAGUCCGCCUUUGCGCUUCAUUCACUGAAAAAAAGAGGAGUAUUUGCCUUGGAGAGGACGCUUGUGUGCUACCGCCACGUCCUGCUCACCUUUGAGCCUGCAUGUGAAAAAUAUUAGGAGGUGCAAAGCAGCUCGGCUUGCAUUUCUCAGUCUCAGCAUCCCUUUUGAGAGCCACCUCCGAGGUUUACUGGUGAAGCAGGAUGCCUGGAGCCAGUGGCGUCAACGUGGAGGGCUCCUGCGAGGCCCUGUGUCGAACCCUGGUGUCUCAGAAAGGCCUCCAGAGAGAGACUGCUGACAUCUCCCAGUCUGUCCUCUACACUUCGCUGAUGGGCCUGCUUCUGGUCGCUGACAAUGAGAAAGAGCAGCUCACCUUAGGAAGUGGAAGGGUUGGCCUUAGAAACAUAGGAAACACAUGUUUCCUAAACGCAGUCGUCCAGUGUUUGUCUCAUACGCGUGGCCUGAGGAACUACUGCCUCGUCAAGUCCUACAAGCAUGAGAAGUUCUCCAAAGAGGAGGCUAAGCUCAUGGACGCGUUCUCUCAGGUGCUGUCAGGCCUCUGGGAUGUAAAUGAAGGGGACACGGUUGUAAAUCCUCGACACUUUUACAAUGUUUUCAAAGAAGCGGUGCCUUACUUCAGUGGUUUCAGUCAACAGGAUGCUCAGGAGUUCCUCAGGUUCCUAUUGGACAAACUGCAUACUGAAAUAAAUCGCAGACCGUACAUUAGACGAACAGGGAAGGAGUCUGAACAAAAAAUUGCCAUAUUUAGAAUUUCAGAAGAAGCAGCUGCCAUGUGGAAGAAGCACUUGGAGAGGGAUGACAGCAUAAUAGUAGACCUGUUCUCAGGGCAGCUGCGGAGCUCGCUGCAUUGCUCAGUCUGUUCCCAUUACUCCAACACAUUUGAUGUGUUCUGUGAUCUGUCACUGCCCAUCCCCAAGAGGAGCUCUGGAGGGGAGGUUACACUGAGGGAGUGCCUGGACCUCUUCUCUCAGGAGGAGAAACUGGACAAGGAGAAUUCUCCAAUGUGUGAGAGGUGUAACAGGCGUACCGAGUGCACCAAGCAACUGUCCAUCCAGAGGUUUCCCCAGGUUAUAGUGAUCCAUCUGAAUCGUUUUACAACCUCACGGUGGUCUAUCAGUAAAAGCACGGUAUAUGUGUCCUUCCCACUCACUAACCUGGACCUCGGACCCUACGGACCUGCUGACUGUGGUGCAGUUCUGUAUAAUUUAUAUGCAAUAUGCAACCAUGCUGGGACAGUGAACAUGGGCCAUUACACAGCCUGCUGUUUAGAUGAAAAUAGUUGGUGCUUCUACAAUGAUUCCAGUGUGACUCCACUCACGGAGAACCAGCUUCAGACCAAUCAAGCCUAUGUGCUGUUCUACCAGCGCAGCAACAGCACCACCACCAUCAGGAAAUAGACCUGAGACUGGCUGAGCCAGGCAGCCAAUCAGAGCAACUUUACCUCCAGUGUCCAUAGAAACAAAUAGAAGCAGCAGCGUUGUAACUAUGACAUCUAUAAACUCCUCAAUCUCAAUGAGCAUGCCCUCAUAUAAACUCUGCAGAGGAGGAGGAGGAGACAUAAGCCAUGUUCACUUUAUACGGGGGCGCGAAGAGAUGAUCUCCCUUCCUAAAUCUUGGAGAUGCUUUUGUAUCAUCUCAGUAAGUGAGCUGAGACAGCUCAGACAGACUGCAGCCUUAAGAGCCUCUGUGCCCUAAUUCUCAGGUGGGACUGAGUGAUAUGAUGCAGAGCUCUUACCAUAAGAUAAUUAUGAUUCAUGCUUGCUAAUAUGGACCCAAAUAAACAAGAAAUAAAUCUAGGAUGGAAUAGAAAUUAGGCAAUAUUUUGUGGCUUGUGAGAUGCAGUUGUGUACGCUAACGUUUGGGUUUAAUUGUACUGUUUUUUUCUUUUUAAGUGAAGAGAAGUAAAUACAAAUGCAGCAGCAAACACACAUUAAAAGUUGCCCUUUUUUCAAAUAUUAAAGCAAUAUUACUUUUAUAUAAUCAAAUAUACUCAUAUUGUAUGGUAUGGUUUGGUAUUUUGGUAGUUUGGUACUUUGGUAUGGUUAAAAGUUUUCUUGAUCUUCUAUCCUAUAUACAUACACUACCGUUCAAAAGUUUGGGGUCACCCAGACAAUUUCAUGUUUUCCAUGAAAACACUUUUAUUCAUGUGCUGACAUAGGUGCACAAGGGUUUUAUAAUUAUCAAUUAGCCUUUCAACACCAUUAACUAACACAAUGUACAGUUAGAACACAGGAGUGAUGGUUGCUGGAAAUGUUCCUCUGUACCCCGAUGGAGAUAUUCCAUUAAAAAUCAUCCGUUUCCAGCUAGAAUAGUCAUUUUCAAUGUCUACACUGUGUUUCUCAUUGAUUUAAAGUUUUCUUCAUUAAAAAAUGCUUUUCUUUCAAAAAUAAGGACAUUUCUAAGUGACCCCAAAGUUUUAAUGGUCGUGCAUAUAAGACGGAAGGACAGAUGUAUUGAACUUUUAGAUAAAGCUGCACAUUGGCUGGGCAGAAAGGCAAAGCCAAUUCGCCACAAGAAGGAAGGCUCUCACUGGCGUGGUGUUGCACGAACAGGGUCUAAAUUGAAGAGUCAUCUAGAGGGAGAAAUUACUUGCGACCUUAUCUCUAAAUGCCUAAAGUAUGAAAAGCAAAAUCGUACUGUGACCUGAUAAAAGGUAAAAUUCAACCCUUUGCUUGCAAUCACCAAAGCUGUGAUGAAAAACAGGAGAAGCAUUUACCUAUUGUUAAGAGAGAAGAAGUAUUUCCCCUGAAUACCAGCAAAUUCUCAGGGCAAAUGUCAUGCAGAUUGAAAAGAGGCUGGCUUCUACAAAAGGCUGAUCAGCCCAAGCAAAACUCAAAUUCUACUAUGUACUACUUCCACAAAAGAGAAGAUAAAAAGGAAGUGAAGCUUUCUGAAAAGCCCUGACUUGAGCAUCAGUAAAGAUUGCCGGGCAGAGUAAGCUCUACUUACAAAAUAAGUUGACGUAAUCUGCAAAAAAAGGGUGAGUGAAAUUCUGAAAUCAAAAAAGGGAAGAAAGAAAAAGUAUUUCCAAGUUGUGGUAUUUUAGCAAUACUGACUUUGGGAUGCUUAAACUUUUGCAUGUGCCUCAAUAAGUCCUUAUUAAAAAUUUAAGAAUUAAAUUAAUAGAACACAAAGUAACCAUGCAUUAAUAUUUGAAGAAUGGUAAAUGUUGUAUUUACUUCUCUCAACUCUAAAAUUCAGCAGAAUUUCAAACUUUUUCACACAAUCUUUGCACAGAACUACAGAGUUCUCUGACUCCACUUUUGAUCAGUUUUGUGAAAAUUAACUUUCAUUCAUACAGUAUUAUCUUUAGCAUCUGGUAAAUUUAUGUUAUCUUUUAAUCUUCCUCCACAUGGACAGGCAAUAUUUUCUUUAUAAAUUAGUUAGAA